AUGCUGUCGCUGGGACGGUCAUUCACCUGGACAGGGGGGCGGUCUGCAGGGGUGAUUCUGUACAACUCCACACCUGCAGGACGAGGCCUGACCACUGCUGCCAAGCAACAGGAAAAACCAAAGAAAAUUACAUUUGGACCCCUGAGUGACCAAGACAGAAUUUUCACUAACCUGUAUGGUCGCCAUGACUGGAGACUGAAGGGGGCGCUGAAGAGAGGAGACUGGUAUAAGACCAAAGAAAUCUUGCUAAAGGGACCUGAGUGGAUCUUAAAUGAAGUGAAAGUUUCAGGGCUGAGGGGGAGAGGGGGAGCUGGCUUCCCCACCGGGAUGAAGUGGAGCUUCAUGAACAAACCAAGUGACGGCAGGCCUAAGUACCUGGUGGUAAACGCAGAUGAAGGUGAGCCAGGUACCUGUAAAGAUCGAGAAAUCAUGCGUCAUGACCCUCAUAAGCUGGUGGAGGGCUGUGUGGUGGCGGGCAGAGCGAUGGGAGCGCACGCUGCCUACAUCUAUAUUCGAGGAGAGUUUUACAAUGAGUCCUCCAACCUGCAGGUGGCAGUUAAGGAAGCGUACGCUGCAGGGCUGAUCGGGAAGAAUGCUUGUGGCUCUGGAUACGACUUCGAUGUGUUUGUAAUGCGGGGGGCAGGAGCGUACAUCUGUGGAGAGGAAACGGCUCUCAUUGAGUCCAUCGAAGGCAAGCAGGGCAAACCACGUCUAAAGCCACCAUUCCCUGCUGACAUAGGUGUGUUUGGGUGUCCAACAACAGUUGCUAACGUUGAGACGGUUGCUGUAGCGCCAGCCAUAUGUCGUCGAGGAGGCGCAUGGUUUGCCAGUUUUGGCCGUGAGAGAAACUCAGGAACGAAGCUGUUCAAUAUCUCUGGGCAUGUAAACACACCAUGCUCAGUGGAGGAGGAGAUGUCCAUCUCUUUGAGAGAGCUCCUCGAGAGACACGCAGGUGGUGUGAGGGGUGGCUGGGAUAACCUGCUGGGUGUGAUUCCUGGUGGCUCAUCCACUCCCAUCAUCCCUCGCUCUGUCUGUGAUGAUGUGAUGAUGGACUUUGAUGACCUUGUCAGGGCUGAGACCGCUCUGGGCACUGCUGCAGUCAUCGUCAUGGACAAAUCAACUGAUGUAAUCAGAGCUAUUGCUCGACUGGUGGAGUUUUACAAACAUGAGAGCUGUGGCCAGUGCACCCCCUGCAGAGAGGGGGUGGACUGGAUGAACUCGAUGAUGUGGCGCUUUGUGAAAGGAGACGCUCGCUCCUCUGAGAUAGACAUGAUCUGGGAGCUUAGCAAACAGAUAGAGGGUCACACCAUCUGUGCGCUGGGUGAUGGAGCUGCCUGGCCUGUUCAAGGUUUGAUCCGGCACUUCCGGCCAGUGAUGGAGCGACGCAUCUCUGAGUUCAAGACAACAAAUCCCAAAGAGGCCGAGAAGAGGAGAGAGGUCAUUUAG